AUGCAGACAACGCAAAGUGCUCAUCUCCCUACGGAGAUCCUCCUUGUCAUUGCUGAAAUGCUUUGGCAUGAUGAGAUGUUUGAUCGUGGUGGUAUGAUAUUGAUGGAUAGGCAAAGGAGCUUCCACAGUUUUUGCCUGGUCUCCCGCCAGUGGUACUCGGUUGGGAUAUCCUAUCUCUACGACUGCCCUCAACUCUGGAAAGGCAACAAAUUCGCCCAAUUCACCAACACUGUGAGCCCGCCUCUUGGUGUCAAGAAAAGCAAAGUCGACCUCGGAUCGCUAGUCAAAGUCUUGCAUCUGGGUUCUCUAGUUCAUCAGAGUUCGAACAGCCAAACGUCACGGCUACUGGGUCGUGUCAAGAAAGGCUUGACCGUAUUUGUGGCUCCGCAAACUGGAAUUGGUGUCAACAGCCUUGCAUCAAUCUCAAAGUGUCAAAACCUGGUGCAUCUUGAUUUGACGCUAGCUCGAGGUGGCGCAAUCGAAUUCUCACGCCUAAAAAAGACUGUCAGCAAUCUUCCAGACCUUCAAACUCUUCAAUUGCCGUCUAGCAUGGUGAUCACCCACACCAAUCACUCAGCAGGAGCUUGGCCACCAAAGCUCUAUUCCAUGACAAUCGGAGGAUCCCUUAAUCCUCACGUCAUGGAUGCGUUUGACUGGCCCUCCAAUCUCCGCCAACUAAUAUUGAAACGCACCAAGAAUUUGGACAUCCCAGAUUUUGAGAGCUUACUUUUCAACGAUCAGCUACUUGAAAAGCUCGAAAGUCUUACUCUAGACAACGAGAACACAAACAUGUUCUCAAGUUUAGAUUUGGAAUCGACCGUUCUAUACCUCCUUCGGAAUCUGACUUAUCUCAAAAUGCCCUUGGACUUUGCGGAAUGGCUAUGCAUACUUCCCAUUCCCAACGGCCUGUCACCACUGUCUCUCCGAGUAUUGGAGCUGACGCAUCCAUACUUUGACAAUCAAGUUCGUGUCGACUUUUCAAGAGAGCUUAAAACGGCUUUAAAUGAAAAUCUCCGCAAUAUAUGGGCUUUGGGGGUUGGGGAAACCUGCCUGAAGUACAUCAAAGAUGCCUACAAGAAGAUCGAUAACGAGAUCUGGAAACAUGUGGAGGAGAGCUCGGAUGACGAACUUGACAAGCUGGCUAUCGAAGACUUGGGAAUUUACACCAUCGAUGAUGAUCCCAUAGUUUAG